UGCUCAUUCGACGACAGGAAUCACAGUAUUAGCCAUCCAAUACCCGCUGCCACUUGAGCCUCGAGCGAGAAACGAUUGAGUGCUUGACAGGCUCCUGUGUGAUCGGUUCUGUUGAGAAGCUGUUAAGCGCAGCAGGAUCCUGCAGGCUAGUCAAGCAUCACUGCCCUCGAUCGUUGCUUGCUGCAGUUCUCCAAGGCCUUCAGUGGUUCGUGCGACUCUCAACUUCCUGACAUGGGCGAUCUAAAUAGUAUUUUUGACUGCAAUCGUUUUCCUCCCAUCAGCCGCGAAGACCUUCCGAGUGACAAGGUUAAUUGGAGAUUCAGGCUCCAGAAGUUCAUCGACAUGGGCGGCCUCCAAAGAGAUCUGGACAUGGUAUCAGCCCGCUGGCCAGAUGAGUACUUGUCAGAGCCUAAGGUGGAUAAUGAUCGUGAUGACAUCAGCGUCAUAGUUAUUACAGGAUACCCGCCUCGUCACAAUUACGAUGUACAGCGCGUUCUGAACUUAGUCUACAAGCAUGACCCAACAGCAACACUUGUGAUUUGAGUAAUGGUUUGCCAUUUUGAAUGCUGUUGCGAGACAUGACAAAAGAACAAGUUUUAUGUAGCUAUUGAUACUGUGCUAAUUUAAAAACAUAACAGGACUGAAUAUAUACUGUGUCGCGUAUAUACCACAUGUUCUUUAUAUGCUAAAUGUUAUUGGAUAAAUACACUCAUUCGACAUACUACAUAUGGAUGUAAAUCAUAACCAGAAGUACAUAGGUUGAUGUAAAUCAUAACCAGAAGUACAUAGGUUGAUGUACAAUGUAGAGCGGCUAAUCUUUUACAGUGAGUGAUCCCGUUAGCGUAGAGAUUAGCAGCUUGUUCUGCCGCAUCUUGAAGACGGUAUUGUAUAGUGGUCCGAGUGCAAUUGCACGGUUGAAAUAAUAGUCACAUUCUGUGUUGCUAUUGUGUGUUUGUUGUGUGUUAAAUUUCAACAAAUAUCCUCCAUAGGUUGUAAUAGUUUCCAACCAAGCAUUUGCGUCUCCUACUUCAAUGAGUUGUAAAUGAGACAUGUUGCUCUUUUCAAGGGAAUUAUGCACCCUUAUUAUUCUUAAUCACUCAGGGUAGCGGGGUUGGAGGGAUUGUGGGAAAACUCGUCGUUAUUUCUCAGUACCUCCCAUGAUGCAGACUUUGUUUUCGCCCACAACGUUGAUACGAAGGAAGGCAGACAUCUCCACUAUUGAAGAAGGACGAUGGGUCACGACUUGUCUCGGAUCUGAUCUCGGUGGACUUCCAUGUGGCGAUGGGUUUCUUCGUGUCUGCACCCGGUCCGUGUCUGCCAAGGUGUUCUGCAGACCUUCAAUUGCAUGGCUCCGCGGACUCUCAGGGACACUAAAACGGCAGACACGCAUGUUCGUUCCUAAAGGAUAAACAUAGAAUCUCUGCAGGAUUACCCUUUUCCUUUCACCCUCUUGUAAUGAAUUCAUGUUGGGCUUUGUGGGCUCAUUCCUCCACGAGUGAUUUGAUUCCCUUUUUCCUUGUGUUUUCCUGAAAAAUGCGAAAGUAACAUGGAUCACCGAGAUGCAAGAAUUGUUUACGUGUUAUUACUUCAAUUCCCGCGUAACAAUAUAUGGAUUAUAUAUUCAAGGCUUGCUAACCGUUUAUCAUCUAGUGCUUGGUCUGGACCCCUAACCAUUGAAGAAGGUUGGCUGCGGCGAAGGAUC